AUGUCGACAGCCGAAGAAGAAGAGGGGCUGGACCAGUCGCGAAAAUCCGGGAGAAUUAAGGGUCCUGCCCCAUUUUUGUCAAAGACUUUUGAUCUUUUGGAGGAGGAAGAAGGCAGCGGCGGCGGUUUUGGCGGCCGACGGCGGCUGGUGUCGUGGAAUGAGGAGGGGACGGGGUUUGUUGUUUGGUCACCCGACGAAUUUUCAGAGGUCAUGCUGCCAAGGUUCUUCAAGCACAAUAAUUUCUCGAGCUUUAUCCGCCAACUAAAUACAUAUCUCUGCCCUCCCUCUCUAUCGGAUGGAAGGGUAGAGGCCUUUGGUGUCCCCUCCAGUCAAGAAGGGAGGGAGGGAUUAGAUCCUCCAUUUGGCCAUCUUUUCUCCAUUGUGAUUGAGAUUUGUUUUGGUUUAGCCCACUCCAAUUUGGGAACACCAACUUUCGUUGAUGGCGGCACAAUUUUGUUCCCCGAGUCUGUAGGAACCCCAAUUGGGACUGCUUUGGGAUUCAAGAAGGCAGCAUCUAAAAGAUGGGAAUUUCAUCAUGAAAAGUUUCAAAAAGGUAGUAGGCAUCUACUUAGGGAAAUCAGCCGCAAGAAGUGUGAACCGAGUGCGUUUCCGGCGUACCUCAAGGCCUCGAGCAGCGACACUAAUCCUGCAGCGGAGGAUCAUGAUCGGGAGGAAGAGAAUCAACAGCUACUUCUAAUAGAGGAGGAGAACAAGAGCCUCAAAAAAGAGAAAGAUGAACUUGAAAUGCAAAUUGCUCAUUUCAAACAUCUUCAAAUGAAGCUCUUGGAUUGCCUUUCUCAACACAUGCAUAAUAAUUAA